AUGAUUGGUUUUAAAUUUCGGAGAUUGAAUACUGAGAUGAGUAGUGAAUCCAGUGAUGACUCCAAUGGUGUGAACCAAGUGUUGGACACAAUCGAUAUGAACGGUAACGACGAGUUGAUGACCACCGAAGACAACGACAGCCAAGCGUUGGAUCAAUUGGUCGACGAAGACAUGGAUUUGAAUGAAAUGAUAAUGCUUUGUGUGAAGCGAUUGAAUGCGAAAGUGAUGUGA